AUGAUAAAGAAAUACACCUCUGUUGUCGUCUUAAUAUUUACAACUGUAAUGCUCAACACUUACAAUGCUAAGGAAGAAGAUUUAUUAGAACCAACAUCGAUUCUAUUCAACUUCACUGAUCCCCAAACCACUGCAUUUGAAAAUUGGACUGAGGUGUCAGAUGCAAUUCUAAUCGGAGGGCGGUCCAAAGCUACAAUCGUACCACUAAAUGGAACGAAUUACCAAUCGGCAUUAUUGUUCUAUCUACUCAAUCCACGAGAAAAUGGAUCGAGUUUCGCUGGUGUCUACAGGGAAUUGGAUACUCCGGAUAUUUCACAAUAUACAGGUGUUGUAAUUGAUCUACAUAGACAGGGUGUAAAUUCUAAAUUUCAAUUUAUACUCUAUGGCGAAUGUUCAGUGGUGCGAGAAUGUGUAUCACAUGAGUCGCAAUUUGAGACACCUGAAAUACGAGGGAAAGUAAAAAUACCAUUUAAAAACUUUACAGCAUACUUUCGUGGAACACCGAAAUCUGAUUCAAAUGAUCUAAAUUUAUCUCAUACAUCACGUAUUGGAAUAAAAGUAUAUGGAGGAAGCAAUGCGCCGGAAAACCAAUUUGGUCCAGGUUCCAUCGAAAUAUUCACUAUUUCAGCAUAUAAGUAAUGAGAGAUGCCAGCUUAAACAAACCGAGCUUAUAGGAGUAAUGGACAACUUGAUAUGUAGUGCUUAUUCAUACCAUGAUUAUUUUCGUUUGUAUUAAGUAGUUUUAUCAAUAAAUAUCAUACAUCUGCCUA